AUGCUUCGCCUGUUACCGUCUGUUUUUUAUCUUCUGUUAUCUGUCUGUUUCUUCUCUGCUAAUUCCAAUCCUCUGACAUCUAAUGCAACAGUACCGGUUGAUCUUCCUCCAGUUGUUGCUCCUACUGCCGCCCAAGUGGUCAAUUCACCACAAAACAAGAAUGAAUCAAGUAAAACAAAUGGUAUUGUUCAUACUUAUCUUUUAACUUUAUUCUACUACAAAAAUACGCAAGUCUAUAUCUAUAAUCCAACUACAAAUAACGAUGAAAAUCUACACGAUCCGGAGAAAUGGAUAUUUUUCUAUGUUCCAGUGAUGCUACCAACAACAGGCGAUGAACCUUGGAUUUGGACAGCUGGCAAUGAAACACGUAUCAAAUUAAUGUUAGGUAACGAAGAAAUCGAUCAACUGGCACGAAAAGCUGUUAUGAAUAAAUUCGAUUCAGCUUUAGUUAAAAAUUAUUCAAAAUUUUGGGAUAUUGCACCGUUGAUGAUCGAUUCACUUUCGGCUUAUGUAAUCGGUGGUGAUACUUCUCCAGUUGUCGGCGUACAACAUUAUCAUGCAAUCCAUCCAAAUACAUUGACAAUGACAAUGCGUUUUCAAUGUGCAACGAACGAAUUGGCAACUGACGUUGUACGUGGCAUCUUGAGAGGCGAUUAUGAAAUUGAAGUUUCUCUCUAUUUUGCUGAAUUUAAACAAGUGAAAACAAAUUAUGUUUCAAUUACAGCUGAUCAAUUGAAAAGUAUUUCAAGUAAGACAAGCGCCGAUGGAGGUAAUACAGAUGCACAGUAUAUUCAUCGUAAUCAAGCAUCGAAAUUUGUUGGACAUUAUGUCACAAAUGUAAAGAAAAUGGUCUACCUAGAAGAUCCAAAUACAAACACAUCGGCAUUAGAUAUCCAAGACACGUUUACUUCGUUGUUACAACAAGGUAUGGACAGUGCCAAACAAGAAACUUUAAAGGCCGAUCUCUACGGUCAAGUUUGGUCCUCGGCCGAUUUAAAUCCAGAUCAGAUAACCAGUGAAAUUAAUAAACUGUUUACCAAAAAUGCCUCUGAAUCUGAACUUCAUAGUUCUUCAGAUAAAUUGUACAGUGUUGAUAAGGAGCAUGCAGAAUCACUAUCGAAGAGCAGUUCAAAGGAAGGCGGAGCUGGCGUAUCGUUUCUUGGUAUCUCUGUCGGUGCCAAAGGUGGUUCAUCGUCUUCAACGUCCAGUUCAUUCUACGAUAAAUUGGCACAAACUGAUCACGAGAAAUAUUCACAAGAUGAUAUUAAAAAGAUGCUCAAUGAACAACAAGCUGAUUUUGAAUGGAACGGACAGAAAUUUAUUCCAAAAAGUUUUCAAGUCUACAAGUUGAGUGAUUUAACAAAUCGAUUGCAAGUAGCUAUUAUAGCGAAACAACUCACUAUCGAUAAAAAUCGUGGUGCUAUCAUAAGAACAAUCAAUACAAUGAAUAUUCCAAUUGGUAAUACUUCAUCUUUGAUAGAAGCUGCUCCACCUUUUCUCAUCGGUACAAUUCAACUGUAUGCUGGUGCGGCCUACCCACCUGUUCCCUGGCUUCUAUGUAAUGGUGCAACUGUUUCACGAACUCAAUAUAGACGAUUGUUUACCGUCCUUGGUCAACGAUACGGACCGGGUGAUGGAAAUUCUACCUUCAAUCUUCCUGAUCUUCGGGGACGAGUACCGGUUGGUGUAGACGAUUUGAGAAUACGUGUUUCUGGUGCCUAUCAAACUGGAGUCGGAGGGGGAAUGUCAACACAUCAAAUAACCAGCAAUCAGAUGCCAGUUCAUUCACAUAGUCCUGGCACACUUUCUACAGCAACCAGUGGAAAUCAUAUCCAUGAUAUUUAUGAUCCAGGACAUAAUCAUGGUGGAGAAACUGGUAAGUCACCUUAUAGUCAAGGUACUAUGACCUUUCAUACAUCACAAGGUGGGAAGGGAAACGAUCAUGGAGUGCAUUCACACACUAUUUAUAGAGGUUUAACUGGCAUCAGCGUUCAAUCAGCUGGUGCUCACUCUCACACCCUUUCUGGUGAAACUGGAUCAGUAGGAAAAAGCGAACAGUUUAGUCUGAUGCCACCAUAUCAAACGGUAAACUAUAUUAUUUAUGCUGACGAACAAGAUGAGUGA